UUACCGCCAACUCUUGAGUUGCACAGCAACAAACAUGGACGUGUCUCGCAAAAUAAAGACGAAAGUGUCCUCCGGCUUCAAGAUGCGGGGACUUAUACUACGGCCGGAAGCCAGCAGAUACCUCGUGGAGGUGCUCGAGUCCAUCAACGCGUCUGAACUGGAUGACAUUAUCGAUAAGGUGCUGGAUGCAGUGGAGAAACAACCACUGUCCUCCAGUAUGAUAGAGCUGUCUGUGGUGGAAAGUGCUGUGCAGGAUUGCACUCAGUCUUGUGAUGAAACCAUAGAUAAUGUUUUUAACAUCAUUGGAGCCUACGAUGUGCCCAGAUACAUUUACAGUGUGGAGCGGAAGAAGUUUGUACCCAUUAGCAUGACGAGCCAUCCAGCCCCCAGUCUGUGUGGUGUGGCCAAAGACAAAGCUGAACUCUUCAGGGAGCGCUACACCAUCUUACAACAGCGUACACAUCGACACGAGCUCUUCACCCCUCCUGCAAUCGGAGCCGCUGUAGAAGAGGGUCAAAACAAAUUUCAGCUGAAAACAAUUGAAGCGCUGCUGGGCAGCACGGCUAAACUGGGAGAGGUGAUUGUACUGGGGAUGGUCACACAACUCAAAGAGGGUAAAUAUUACCUUGAGGACCUGAGUGGAACAGUUCAGCUGGACAUGUCUAAAGCACAGUUUCACAACGGCCUGUACACAGAGUCCUGCUUUGUCCUGGCAGAGGGUUGGUAUGAGGACUCGGUUUUCCACGUUAAUGGCUUUGGGUUCCCGCCAACAGAGCCGUCAUCGGGCACAAGGGCGUACUACGGCAACAUAAACUUCUUUGGGGGUCCCUCGACCACCUCUGUGAAGGCCUCAGCCAAGCUGAAGCAGCUGGAGGAGGAGAACGAGGACGCCAUGUUCGUCAUUGUUUCCGACGUCUGGUUGGACAGCGUUGAAGUGAUGGAGAAGAUUAACUUAAUGUUCUCAGGCUAUGCUACAAUGCCGCCCACUUGUUUCAUAUUCUGUGGUAACUUCUCCUCCACCCCGUACGGGAAAACACAAAUCAAAUCACUCAAAGAAUCGUUGAAGGCCCUUGCUGAUGCCAUAUGUUCAUAUCCCAGCAUUCACAGCAGUAGUCGCUUUGUGUUUGUCCCCGGCCCUGAGGACCCCGGUCCAGGCACCAUCCUGCCACGGCCCCCCUUGGCAGAUCACAUCACAGAGGAGUUCAGACAGAGGGUGCCAUUUUCUGUGUUCACUACCAACCCAUGCAGGAUUCAGUACUGCAGCCAGGAAAUCGUCAUUAUCAGAGAAGACCUGGUCAACAAGAUGUGCAGGAACUGUGUCAGGUUGCCCAAUAACAAUCUUGACAUUCCAAACCAUUUUGUUAAGACCAUCCUGUCCCAGGGUCACUUGACUCCCCUGCCUCUGUACGUCAGUCCUGUAUUCUGGGCGUACGACUACUCCCUACGCGUCUACCCAGUCCCCGAUGUCAUCAUCUUUGCGGAUAAAUACGACCCCUUCAGCAUCACAAACGUGGACUGCCUCUGUGUCAACCCGGGCUCAUUCCCCAGAAGCGGUUUCACAUUUAAGGUGUACUAUCCAUCCAGCAGAACCGUUGAGGACAGCAAACUUCAGGGACUCUAAAGAAAAUCAUGGAUUUAAAAAUCAGUCAUUUUGUCUUGAUCGUGUUCGCUUCAAAUGAUUUAGUAAUUAGACUGUUGCAGAUUUUUAUUGUGUAUGUAUGUGUGUGUGUUUAUCAUAUGUUCUUUAAUGAAUAAUAAAGUUUUUAUACUUUGUACUUAG